AUGGCGCAAAGAGGCGCUGGUGAGGUUGCCUCAAAUGGCGGAGCGGACAACGCGCCGCCAUUGACGGCACUUGCUCCUGACGAGCUCCAUCAGAUUCGUCAGUACGAAAAGGUUUUGAAAUUUCGCGACGAGGUCAUCACGGGUUCACACCCGCGCAUCAAGCCAUCCCAUCUCCCUACCAAACCUCCCCAGGGCGUUGGCACGCCACCCGUAUCUAAUGCUGCCAACUCUGCGACCCCAGCAGCUUCCCAGCCAGUAGCUAAGCCAGCCACGCUGAAUGGUGGCCGACGCGCGCUUGACGACUUGCAAUCGUUCCAGGGGAAUCUGCAACGGCCGUCAGUGAACAUGGCUCCUAGAGUGCCUGGGCUGGACACCCUCUCGAGCUCUUCAGACGGGCCGUCGCGACCCUUUGGGUCUGGGAAGCCAGAGAUUAACCCUGUCUUGCUGGAGAAGUCUGAUGAUCUCAUUAAGGCUGAGAUACAACUUCAAAGAAAGAGAGUCGAGCAAGGUCUCAAGGAGCAGCUCGAACAGCGCCGCGCUGCUUUGAGGGCGUCUCUCCAGGCAUCGGAGCAGCUGGCCGAGCUCAAUAUCACAGAGGUCAUGGCGAGAGCCUUGGCUGAUGCGCUCACUGCCCAGUCUACUGACGAUACACCCGUCAAAGCCUCUGCUAACGCCUCAGCUUCGAGCGACUCAUUUGAUGAUAACACCUUCUAUUCGAGCCAGGUCGACACUCCCCAGUCCCACCAGCUGUCGCGCGUCCCUUUACCUGACGAAUCCGAUGACGAGCAGAUGCGAGAUGCAUCGCCGUACGAGCCUGAGCUAGACCCGCAGCCUAUUCAUCAAAAAGUCGUCCAAGUCUUGCCGGAUUCGAGGCCGCUACAAACAAUGCUCCAAGAACAGAAUAAGCUGCUGCCGAAUACAACAAGCCCCGCAAAUGCUCCUCGACAACCAGAUGAAGUGUCUGCUAGACCAGGCUUAUCUGGCGAUACUGGGAGUGCUGUCCAAGCUUUCCGGCCGAACGCCCCGCCUGAGACGACGGAUUCUAGAGGGAGCGGCGUAGAAAGUCGGUCUGGAGAGUCGAGCAAUAUGGGUAUGGUGGGGACUGCAGAUCGACGCGAUCUGGCCAGGGUCAGCGAGCAACUGCUCAGCCAGGCGGGCGGCUUCGGAAGACCUCCUGUCGUUCGUGCCCAUGAUCUCUCUCCUGUUGCACCCCAACCAGCCCACGUCUCUCCUUUAGCUAUUGCUAGGCAAAACCGUAUAGACUUGUCAGACGCCGGCACACGUCGAGCAACCCCUGCGCAAGUUGCUGCACUGAGGAAGCAGACCUCUGCUGCCUCCAGCCCAGAAAGUUCCCCACAGGGUAGCAGAGGGGCCGAGAAAAAAAAGAACAAGAAAAAUAAGAGAAAGGCUGGCCGGCUUGCUGCCGACGUCGCGGCUACAGCUGGGACCUCGAGUGGGUCGCCAUACAUCAAACCUGAGCCACGCUCUCGCUCUCCCGUGACAGCCCCUUAUGCCCGCCCGAACAAGCGCCAAAGACAGUUGCAACAGCAGAAUUCCGACUUCAACUUUGACCACAGAUAUGACCAGCAGGUUGUGGUGGAUGAUGGCUUCCAAGAGCCUUACCCAGCAGCCGUCCAUAGGGAAAGACGGGCUGUCGGAUAUGGCAGAGAAGACGAUAGUCGCCCUCGUCACGACCCCCAGCCCAUUAUCGUUGACUCUCCAAGAUACGAGAGGGUGUACUAUGAUGAGGCCAGAACGGCGCCCCCUGCCCGCCAGGUCCGGCCAGACUCUCCAGACACUCCUUCCGCUCCAUAUUUCACCCGGGAGGUGCGUGCAGUGCGGCCUGUGCCUCACGUCGUUGAGGCCCCGUAUGGGGACUCUUCUGCCUACUACCACGAUGCCCGUGCUCCACCGGGCAUGGCUGUACGUCCGCCUGCAUACCGCGAGCGGUCGCCGUCAUUGACCAUGUACGAGCGACCACCCCCAGCUAUGGCCCCUCCGCAACCGGCGCCGGCUCGCAUUAUUGUUGAUUCUUUUGGCCGCGAGUAUCUCGAACCUCCACGCUCGGCAACAGGAAUCAGGGAUGACUCGGAGAGACUUUACGAGCGAGCGCCAAUCGCUCGAGCUGCCUCGCGAAGGCCUGAAUUGUUUGAGGAUGAUGCUGUGGUGUACCGGCCAGCCUCACCGUCUUAUGGGGCCCCGAGGCGCGUCGUCACUCAACCGGAAUUUUCCACGACCGAUUCUCGUAUAUACAGGGAACGGGGUCAUCCGAGUCACCCGCCAAUGGCACCGCCUGCCGGUGAGUACGUGCAAUCUCGGGGUCGCCUGGAAGGCCGUGAAAUUCCGCGCGAAUACAUUGCCAGAUCAGCGAGCACUCGUCCACCGGUGGAGUCAAUCCGCUAUGAUAAUGCUGCGGGAUAUGAGAUUAGGGCGACCGAAGAGCGAUCCCGCGACUCGUUUGCCCCUCGCGCUGCCAGCGUUCGACCGGCCGAGGGGGUUCGCUACGAAAUGCCCGUUGCUUACGAAAGACGGUUAGGGGACGAGAUGUUCCGGGAGUAUGCGACUGUACGAUCAGCUAGCGUGAGGCCCGGGGGGGUUGAGCCAAUACGCUACGAGGUUGCCAGAGAGUACGGAACCCGGCUCAGCAGCGCCCGACCGGAUAUGCCGGGGCGUGAGUAUGCCAGCGUCCAAUAUCAAGCUGGCCAGCGGGACAUUAUGCAGCCACCACCCACAGCUGCUGUAGGCCGUGCCUACAGUGUCCUUCCCAGCGAAGCACCGCCUCAGGUGAUCCGUCGGGACUACAGCGUGCAGCCUAGCGAGCGGUUCUACGGACGCCCUCAAAUGCAAAACGACGAAGAGGUCAUAUUCUUAGAUCGUCCCCCGCACGAUGCGUACCGCGAGCUACGUUGA